ACUUCUUAAUACCAUCUCCAAUCAUCCCGUCUAUCAGUCUAAUCCAUUCAAACCACAAACUCCUAUCUAUCGAAAUGCAAGUUGCAAUCGUAUCGCAAACCCUACGUCUUAUAGAGAAUUAGAAACAUCGUUUGGUAUCAGCCAGGGAUCUGUGCAAAAUUUCACAAAAAGAUUUUGCAUCGCAGUUCUGGAAAAUUUACAAUAUGCAAUCAAAUGGCCCACAGAUCAAUUAAUGCAAGACGUAGUCGAAGGUUUUGCUCCACCUAAAUUAGAAAUCGUAUACCAAAUGUAA